GGGGACCCGGCGCAGCCUGGGGGCAGGAGCGUGAGCCCGGCUGAGCCGCCCGUCCGCCGUCGCCGGGGGGGCGGGGCCAGGUGGGGGCGGGCGCCAGCGCCAGCGCCAGCCCCGCCGCCGGGGGCCGGGCGGCCCCAUGCGCAGCCCCAGAGGCCGGAGCGGGUGGUGAGCUCGGGCAGGACGCAGGAGCCCGCCCCGGCUCCUCCCCGGCCCCGCACCCAGCGGGCGGCGCAGCAGCGGAGCAGGCGGCCCCCGGGAGAGCCAUGGACUGGCUUAUGGGUAGAGAAUUGUGGCAUUCCCGGUACCAGUGUGGUCCUUUGGAAUGCUGGUAAAAUGCGGAGUCCCAAUACUGUGUCCAGAUGUUUCACAAGGAAAUCCAAGGGAAAACCAAAUGGUAAAAAGCCAGUACCAGAAGAGAAGAAACUCUACCUAGAGCCAGAAUAUACAAAGUUGAGAAUUACUGACUUUGAAUUCAAGGAGCUAGUGAUGUUACCACGAGAAAUAGACCUCAAUGAGUGGCUAGCCAGCAAUACAACGACCUUCUUCCACCAUAUCAAUUUACAGUAUAGUACAAUCUCAGAAUUUUGCACAGGAGAGUCGUGUCAGACCAUGGCGGUGUGCAAUACACAGUACUACUGGUAUGAUGAGCGGGGAAAGAAGAUAAAGUGCACGGCCCCUCAGUACGUUGACUUUGUCAUGAGUUCGGUGCAGAAGCUAGUGACGGACGAGGAUGUCUUUCCUACAAAAUAUGGCAAAGAAUUCCCCAACUCCUUUGAGUCCUUAGUGAAGAAGAUUUGCAAGUAUCUGUUCCAUGUGCUGGCCCACAUCUACUCCUCCCACUUUAAGGAGACUUUGGCACUGGAGCUGCAUGGACACUUAAAUACACUCUACACACACUUCAUCCUAUUCAUCAGGGAGUUCAACCUGGUGGACCUUAAAGAAACCACCAUCAUGGAUGACCUCACGGAGAUCCUCUGCAGCAGCGGGAGCAGUAGUAAUGGGAGUGGCAACAGCUGCGCAGGAGCACAGAACCAUGUGAAGGAGAGAUGAGCCUUCCUCUGGAGCAAAACUAACAUUAACAUAAAAACAAUAUUAUAUAUUCUAUAUAUAUGUGUGUGUGUGUAUGUGUGUGUGUAUAUGUGCAUAUAUAUAUACAGACACACACAGCGAUGAAAGUUUAAGAAAUUAUGCUGCCACCACAGGACGUGUAGUCGUGUGGGACUGUACGGAGCUUUUGUUAAUGCACCAUCUGAUGAGAAGUUGCACCAAUCUUAUUUUAUUGUUUUCUCCUGUUCCUUCUUUCUUUUCCCCCUGUCAGAUGGCUGACGAAUGCUGUUUUUAGAGAAGAACCAUGUGUUUGAGUUGGGCUGCUGUUCUUUUUUUUUUUUGGUCUUUUUUCCCUCAGUCUUGAGUGCAAGCCCUUCUGUCUUUCUAGGAUGGUGGUACUGCCAUUUUAAAAAUAUAUAUUAUGUUAUAAGAAGUGACUUUUACUUUGAAGUGGCUUAAAUGCAGAUUUUGUUUUGGGGUUUGGUUUUUACAUAGACUCCCCCUCCCAGUUUUACAUAGAGUCCCCAGUCAAUUGCAUCUUGCCCUUUGCUGGCUUGGAAUGGGAAGAAGAGAUGCCUGGCUUGACUGCAGUAGCGGUAGGGGCUUGCUACAAAUGUAGUGGGUGUGAUGCUUCAUCUGUCUAUGAGCCUGCAAGAGGAUCCACAAGGCUUUCUGCUUGUUGCUCCAACAAAAUAUGUAUACUUGUUUCUCUGCCCCGCCCGUCCCAGGCACACAUCCAGAAAUAAUAGUAGUGAGAUCAUUGGGGUCUGUAAGAGCCACCACCAUUAACUUCCCAUAGAAAAGAGGGUCAGGGGGAGAAGGGUGCACUGGGUCAGUCACCGGGUGUGAUAGAGAGAUGGCUGUUGGCAUAAAAUUAUAUUGUUGGCUUAUUUUUAGUUCAUCUGUUCAAUAAUAAAAAAAUUUCUAUCAGG